AAGUGCGUGCGUGCUUCUUCUGACUACUCGUGGUACUCUGUUGCUGAGCGUUGAUUUGUUUUUACCGUGAACUCAGUCCGGCUUCUUUUACUGAACAUGCCUCCGCAAAAGACAAAGGCCAAGAAGAAUGUUCCCGCGAAGGUUCCUCCGGCGAAGCAGAAGAAACUCGCCCCGAAAGAGGUCUCCGAGGACGAAGAUGAUGAUGAUGAUGAAGAUAUCGAUGAAGACGAUAUCGAUGAAGACGUUAGCGUAGGGAGCCUCGAUGAAGACGAGGAUUUGGACGACGAGGAUGGUAGCGACGACCUCGAUGAGGAGGAGGACGACGACGACGAGGACGACGAAAAGGAAGAAGAACCCAUGGAGAGACCAGCAAAAAGAGCCAAACUGAACGGUAAAGAUGAUAGCCCAGUGAAAGUUGCAAAGAAAGAAGACGCGAAGAAGCAAAAUAGGAAAGAGGAGAAGAAACAAGAUGCUAAGGAGCAAACUAAGAAGGAGGAGAAGAAGGGAGAGAAAAAACCUGACAAGAAAGAAACAGAACCCAACCCCAAGAUAGAGAUGGAGGACAAGAAAACCGCAAUCGGUCCCCUGAGCGAGGAGGAGACGAAAAUGUUCGCGGCUAACUUCCGAGCCAUGUCGGCGACAUCUAUCUUCGUCGGGAAACUGCCCGAAGAUGCGACCGAUGAGGAUCUCAAAAAACUGCAUCCGAGCAUCCGGAGCAUCAGACGGCCGAUCACGAGGAAAGGACAACCGACCACAUUCGGCUUCCUGAAUUUCGCGAAUAAGGAAAUGGCCGAACGAGCCUUGAAAGACAUCAAGAAAAAAGGCGUCGUGAAGAUCAGAGGUCAGGAAGUUCUCGUCAGCGAAAACGGCAACGGACAAUGCCACCCGCCUUCGAUAGUCGAUCGCCGCAAGUUGCGGAUAUACGGCUGCCCUAAAUUCGUCACGGCCGAGAUGAUCAGAGCAAGUCUGCCUGGAUGCAUAAACGUGGUACUCGGUGACAAGGACAAGGGCAACGCAGUCGAAGCGGUCGCCGUCUUCAGAAGUUCGGCGGAGACGAAGAAGAUCCUUCAAGCUCAGCAGACCGUCACAUUGAACGAGUGCGUCUGCGCUCUGUUUUAUCUCAAUAUUUCCUUCAACUGCAAACAGCACGAAAGGAGGAAGGAGAAGAAACUCAAGAAACUAGAGAAGAUGCAGAAGGAGGAUGGUGCAGCAGCUUCUGGAAGCGACGACCAAGACGACAGCGAUAUGCCGGCCGACAAAAUAGUUAAAUUCAAGAAAGAAAACGUCAAACCCCAAGUGCAAUCUGCUAAGAAGGGCCAGAAACGAGCCGCUCCUCAAGACAGCGACGACGACGAUGACGAAGAGAAGACGGUGGCGGCACCCACACCCAAGAACAAGAAAGUCUCACUGAAGUCCCCUCAGAAAACUCCUCUUUCGACCACCAAAGCUGCCAAGAAAACACCCAUGAGGAAAGGUACUCCAUUCAAGAAAGCAAAAACCGCCGCUUGAAGAAUGGACCGAGAGGUUACGGCACCAUCGAAGAUAGAUUUGGUACCGUUCGAAAAACAGGGGGAGCUCUUAUCGGGAGCUCUUCGUUAGAGAGCUUCACGGAAUAUCUUGUGUGUACUCAUCCGCUAUUCCACUCUAUUCCAUACUGUCUACAUUAAGAACUCUGGCUGACUUGACUAUUCGAGCUCGAGCAGGGGUCAGAGAAUACAUUUGUAACAGAGAGCACAUCUGAGUCGAAUAAACUCCGCCAUCAAGAAUAAUCCCCCCGAA